AAGCAGGAAAGAAGAGAAAGUGACAAUGAGAGGAAGAGCGGCGGUGGAGGAGGUGGAGAAACGAUGAGGAUAUUCUGCUCAUGAGGACGCUGUUGCUGCUGGACAGCCUCAGUGUGUGUGUGUGUGUGUGUGUGUGUGCACGUGUGUGCAUGUGCGUGCGCAAGCAAGGAACCUGGAUCCCCUGCUGGCAUCGCGCACACAAAGGAAGCGGGGGAGCGGCGGGUUGGAGAGGAGGCAGAGGGGUUGAUGAAGGCGGGGGAGCGGGGGAGCUGAGAGGAGCGUCACACCACCGGAUCACAGGACGCAGAUGUGCUCGACAACUCCGACACACGCCCGACGCCGCUGAACACCCGCCAGCCCGCCCGCCAGCCCGCCCGCCCGUCCCUCCUAACUUCUGGCAUGGCGUAGCCUUGGCUCUCGCUCUCCCGGAUCGCUUCCCAAUCCGCCACGGGCAUGCACGGGCACAGCGGGGAAUCUGGGCAUCCUUUCCAGCGUCAGCACCGCACGGCCUGAGGAAAAAUGGUGAGCAAGGAGGGCGGCAAAUGCAUGCUCACCAACUCAGAGUCUGACUCGGAGGCAGCGCCCCUGUCCUCCGCCUCGCUGGCACUGGAAGUUAAGUACUCUCAGGACGGCGGGCGGCAGGUGAGGAAAAGGAACAAGGCCCUGCAGGUGCGAUUCAAGGACAUCUGCGAGGCCCAGAACGAGCAGAGGGAGGCAGAGCUGAAGGCGGCCGGCAGAGACGGGAAGCCUCUGUCGUACAAAGUGGCGUACCACAAGUACAUGACCGUGCCGGCCCGCAGGUCUAUCCCCAACGUGACACGCAGCACCGGGGUUCAGACGUCCCCGGACCUAAAGAAACACUACCAGACGUUCCCCUUUGAGCGCAAGAAAGGGCACACCUUCAAACACGUGGCGGCGGUAGAAAUGUACAAAGGGCAGAACAACGGCUUUGUCGUGGAGGGGACGCCAUCCCGGGAUGCAGAGCAGUGUUUCCGUGACGACGACGAGGAGGGAGCCUGCGGGGGGAGUGGAAUCCGGAGGACCAAAGCUCUGCUCCAUACUAAUGAGUGCGUUGCCACAGUGGAGCAGCACAUUGCACCUGGCGGCCUGUGCUCUGACGCUCUGCUGCUAAGUUGCUCUGCAGACUCGGACUGCCUGGUGGACGCGUCGGGAGGGAAAGGAGGCGAGGGCGGGUCACAGGGACAGUACCAGCUCUGCGGCAUCCCCUCCAAAACCGGAGCCAGAUUACGACACAGAGAGGCCGACAGAGACCGCUUUUCCAAAAGGUUGCUCCAUCUGGAGGAGGGCUCAUCCCAGACCCUGCCGGACAGGGCCUCCAAGGUCACGGGUCCGAUUGCGUGGAAUUCUCUUACCCAAGUGGAGUGCCUGGAUAGUCUGUCUGUGUGCAACCAGAGGAAGAAAAGCCUGCAGCUCAACGGGCUGCAGAGCGAGACGCUGCCACGUUCCGGCAGAGGUUGCGCAACGCAGGCGCAGUGUCCGGCGGGACAGUUAUCAGCCAGGCCUCUGGGGGGGAUGGACAAGUCCAGAUCGCUCUUUGGAGGAGGCGAGGCGACAGUGGCGCCAUCAGACCCCGCGCAGGAGGCCUGCAAGCAAAUAGUGCCUAUGAAUCAGGAUGGGGAUGUUAAAGCACAGCUCCAAGCCAUGGAGAACCUCAUCAGCUCCAGCCAAGAGACCAUCAAGGUGCUGCUGGGGGUGAUCCAGGAACUAGAGAAGGGGGAGGCCCACAGAGAAGGGCUCUCCUAUCGCACUGGACAAGACACGGCCAACUGUGACACAUGCCGGAACAGCGCAUGCAUUAUUUACAGUGUGGAGCUGGACUUCAAACAGCAAGAGGACAAGCUGCAGCUACUCAUGAAGAGGCUCUGCCCGACCGACGACACACACUUUGCCGCCCUGCCGUACCCCCAGGAGGCCUUCACCUCGACCCCGAAACGCAAGUCCAAAGCAGAGUCCAAGAAGCACGCCCGCUGGAGACUUUGGUUUAUGUGAAGGCAGCGUUCCAUCUCUUUUUUGGGGGGUUGCAGAAUUCAUUUUUUGGAGUAGAUUUGGCCGACUGGAUACUGUACGCCUUGUCCAAUAUUUGAAAAGUUCAAAUCGAGUUUCUUCUUACUGAUGAGCAAGACGGGAUGUGAUUAGCAGUUGCUGUCUGCAAGGAGUUCCCCAGAUAGAACACCGGUCACCUUGGGACUAGACUUUCCCUGCAGCUUCCGGGCGAGGCUGUGAGGACCACAUGGCCAGCCUGUCUCCAAUAGAGCAAAGCACAAGCUACAUUGUUCAGGAUAAACGUUCUCCACUACUGCAACUGAACACGAACAACUGGCACCAUUCAUAUCUUCAGAAGAAAAAAAAAUAUGAUGAAUUUUUAUCUGUCUAUAAAAUGUCAACUUUCAACUGACUUUGGGGGGGGGGGUUGAAUAAAUGACACUUAUUUUCUUAAUGACAUUUUCAAACUUGGGACAUUGAAGGUCAUUUUUUCCAUAUUAAUAUAUAUCUGUAUUUAAAAAACACCUUGAAAUUUAGUGGUAUAUAUUUAUUAAGCAACAGUAAAAAGAGAAUGUGCACCCUGGAGGACAGAAGGUCACUUUGUUCUAGAGCAGGGGUGGGCAAAUAUUUUGACUCGUGUUCUGGCCCACCGGACCAGAACAUAUAUUUAAGCUUUAUACUUAUAAUUUCCCUUGGAUUAUUUGUCUAAUUUGAUGUGUAAAAGUGUUAUACUAUCAGCUGUAUGUUCUCAUGUCCCUUUUUCAGGAGCACUUUAACAUCAGACCACAUCAAACAAUGUCACAAAGCAACUGGCGGGCCGGAUUCAAACGCUUGGUGGGCCGCAUGUGUUCCCCGGGCCGUAGUUUGCCCACCCUUGUUCUAGCGUCACAUCGUUGACUGAACACCCCUUAAGCUUAAAGUGCUCAUGACACCCAAAAAGACCUCCAGUAAGAAAAUGAAGUUAUGAUUUUGAUCCAAUAAUGAAACGAAAUAUGCCAGGAAAGUCAAUGAUGGCUGCUUAUUUAGCCAUAGAAUGAGCCCCAUACUAUGAUUCUUAGAUUCCUAGAAUAUAGUCAAAAAAUAUGGAUUACAUACUGGAACCGCCAGAUGGACGGCAAGAUAGACGAGUGACAGCUAGCCAUCUUUUGCUAACAAUGCUAGAAGACAGCGACAACCGGGUGCAAACAAGCACAGCCAUAAAGCAGCACAAAGGAAGUGUCAUAUUCCCAACAAUAACAACAUUCACUAAUAUGGUGUGUGGCUGCCAGCUGCCAGGUUGCUCUUUGAACACGGCACAGAGCUGAAGACAUAAACAUGACAAUAAUGUGGCAUCCAAAGCCGUAUUAUUAUUCCGGGAUUUGUAGUGACGCCAUUGGGAGUGAGGUCGUGGUAGUACGUAGUGAGUCAGAAAAAGCAGGAUAGUCAUUAAGAACUGCACGAGUACUGGGUUGGCUACUAUGGACAAUAUUAUCAGGAGCGACUCUUGGAGAUCUCAGAGUACACCUCUGUCUUUUAGGUAUCUCCAUAAAAAGACUAAUGGUGGGGGGUCUGGUGAGGGAGGGUAUUCAAUGAAGCCCCUCCCUCCAAUCUACCGACUGGUCAAGAAGACCAAGUAAGAAUCUUACAUUGCAAUAGUAGUGCUGUGAUAGUACUACACGCGUAUACAUUUCUUGUGACAGCCUGUAUAUAACCAAGAACAGAACUUCACCAUGAAGCGUGUUGUAGUGGAACAUCAGACAUCACUCGCUACGCCUCCUCCAAACACGGAUGGGAAUGAUGAAAAAAUAAUAUUUAAACAUUGGAGCACUCAUGAAACAAAGGAAAUAUGCCUUUCGAUGUUAUUGUUAAUGGAGGUAGACUCGUGUCAUGAGCACUUUAAAUAGUAUUUGGUUUUGAAUACUGCAACGAUUGUACUGCUGCAAUGCAGUCACAACUGAAUGUGACACUUGUGAUCACGAGCAGGGCUUCUUGCUUUUUACAAGAUGAAAAUACAGUCGUCCCUCGCCACUUGGCGCUUUGAAUAUUGCUCCAUCACUUCAAUGCACUUUUUAAAAAGUGGAUUAAUGAAUAAAUGAGUUCCUGAAUGACUACAGCCUAUUAUUAGUCCAAACACAUUGAAAGACAAGUCGUAUGUGGUAUUCUACACUGGUCACUGGUCAGUAAUGUUGCUUACCGUGUUUCCAUGCUAAAGUCCUUCUUUCUCAGACAUUUUCAAACCAUUUCUUAGGUUGAGAAUAACAACACUGGAGAUGAAAUAGUUAGCUUGCUAUCUUUAAAGCAGGGACUGCGUCUUAUGUUCCUGCACAGAUCCUGUGGCCUGUUACAGUUACAUUACAGUUGAGCAAUUUGUUGUCAACAAAGAUAGCCAUAAUGUAUGCGUGUAUGCCAGAUGCAUCGUGAGGACGGAUGAUAGGUCUUUGUGAUCGGCCCACAUUACGAUGGAGACACUACAGCAACAACAAACGUUCCCUUAUUGUACGUAUGUACCAAGUGUCAAGGUCAUAGACCGCUUCUACUGUAACUACCCUAAGUAUUGAAUGGUACUUUGUGGAAAUGGACUUAUUGUGGUUGGGUCUGGAAUCAAUUAACCGCGCUAAAUGAGGGACGACUGUAAUUCUUUUCUUUUCCUUUUUUGUAACAGCUGCAGAUCACAUCUAUUAGCCUAUAAAUUAGCUUAUAAAUAUUCAUCUCCACACAAAGAUCUUUGCAUUUACUCUAGAUAUAUUUCUAAUUACUGAUUUGAGACAUAGCAUCAAAUAGGGCUCUAUUUCACUAAUAGCCUAAUAUGUCAAAAUAAGAAAGCUACUAUGAGGGAUGUCUGAUAAACCGCUACCGAUAAUUAUCAGCCUGAUAUCAGCAUAAAAAUGUGAUAUCGGUAUUUUUUCCUGAUUGUGAAAAAAUAUUUUUUUUAAGUGAUGUUCAUUCCACCACACGUAAUAUGAGAAAUAUGAGGGUUGGACAAUAUCGGCUUUCUGCACAAAAGUCAAUAUCAGACAUCCCUAUCCGCUAUACAUCCACUAUAAGUGAAAUGCUUCUGCAGCAUUGUAGCGUCACCCCCACCUACCCCUUCCAAAAAAGGAAAGGACCACAAAGAUCAUUUCCAGCAACAUAGUAGAACUCUUUGGUAGCAACACGUGACUCACUUUCACCCUUGUAUGUUCUGUUUUGGUUGGCUAGGUAUGUGAAUAACAUUAGCACAAAAAGAGAGCGCUACAUGUUUAUCUGUACCUUAAAGAAGUGCAAUUGAUUUACUAUGUGCAAUACUGUAUAUUUUAUACUGUUUUUAAAAAAGGAAUAAACAAUUUAAUAUGCAAAA